GUACCACAUUAUAUUCGGUUUGGUAUGAUCUGGUCUAACUGUUCGUUAGUUCGGUCCAAAUGACAAUUCAGUCAAUUUGUUCCAGUAUUUCAAAAUUCAUCAGACCAAGGACUGAGCAACAAUAUAUUUAAAUCGGUAUGGUCCAAUCCAGAUAUCGGUUUGGUCUAGUGCGAUCUGAUGCGGACCAACUCGUUACACACCCCUAAAUGUGACCAACUAUGAAACAUACUUUAACAAUGACUAGUAAGAAAAGAAACAUUUUCGACUCACAAACGCUACAAGGCACAAGCCUACAAUGAGUUGUAUGUAGAGGGGGAACUCUACAAUGUUUGCCCCAUGGAAAGCACAAUUGGUUCUCUGAUCGAGCCACUAAAAUGUCUCUCUCUUCUCUCUACCUAACGGAAACUUUCUUUGAACUCUCCAACGGUUCAUUUCCCGUCCCCUUCCGUGGGACUUCUACAGCCCAAUCUAAGGGCAACUGUAACGAGUACUUAGCUAAGGAUUAUGGAAGCUGUCGAUUGGAGGAGAAGCAAGGGGCGGGUAGAGGGCCUCAAUCCCCAACAGGCGAAGCUCCAAAAGGGAUGGGACAAUACAGGGGAAGCUCUGUUCAGCUUUUUGGGAAAGGGACAAUAUGGAAGCCACCGGAUUUGCGGGAGACUAUCUUCCAAUGUCAGAAUAAUAAAAGGAGAAGAGGGAAAAGAGGGAGUAGAAGAUCUAGGAAGAUCUCUGAUGCAAUUUAUGGAACGAACUGGGGGCAAGAAGAAGGAAUCCUUGAGCCAAGAGCCCCUGCAACAGAUGGGGAAAAACAGAGGAUGGGAAGGAUCAGUCAAGAAGAGCAUAAUGAAUGCUUUGACAGGAGAGGCAACCAUCCCCAGCAAGAGGACAAUGAAAAGAGCAGACAGAUGAAUAGCCAUAAAGAGGGCAGAGAAGCUUACCUACGAAGGAGAAGCCAUAAAGAAGCCGAGGAAGAGAGAAGGGUAUAUGCCUGUAUAAAGAGGCUCCAAAUAGACUCUCCCUUCUACCUAAAAAUCCAGCUUCUCUACCCUGAAAAGACACAACCCUUUGCAAAGUUCCAGCUUCUCUACCCUGUAAAAACUCAACCCUCGGAAAUAGAAAGUUACCUUCUGCUUAACAUGGAAACCAACAGAAGCCUCAUAUCAUCUUCAUCAAAAGGCAGAGAAGGACGCCCAAACCUGUCAUCUUCGGGAGGGAGGGGAAUCGCCAUGUUGCUGGGGAAAAUGCUCACAGAGAACAAGGUGGCUCUGGCAAAGGCAGCGGGUGCAGCACGCUAUGCCUGGGGAGGGUAUGGGGAGGUGAAUGUCCAACCCACUGAUUCGCAAAAUCUCUUCUUAUUCACUUUCAAUAAUGAGGAGACAAGGGAACGAAUAUGGAGGGAUAGACCAUGGAGCUUGUCCAAUACGUUGACAGCGAUAGAGAAGUACAAUGGAAGAGGAAAACCAGAAGACACAACAAUGGAGAAGCUGGCUAUGUGGGUACAGAUCCAUGGAUUGCACCAAAAUCAAAGGAUCGAGAAGAAUAUGGUGUCGAUUGGAACCUAUUAUUUCCAGGGGCUGCUCGAUAUCGACAGAGCUAGCCUAGAUUUCAAUGGCUAUAGAAGGUUUCUGAGGAUAUUGGUGGAGGUUAAUCUCGAGGAACCUGUUCCUACAGGGUUCGAUUUCCCCUUUACCGACGAAGCCACAGGGAUCGAGCACUGUGAUGUGAUUGAGUUCAAAUACGAAAGGCUAGUGGAGCUAUGCUAUUUCUGCGGAAGAAUCGGCCAUAAUUGGCCAUCAUGCUGGAGGAUGAAUGAGGAGAGGAGGAAAAACGGAGUCGCCUACCUAUCGGAUAUUUACAAUUCAUCUCUGAAGGCAGGCAUCGACUCUCCCCACAGGCAGCACUCCUCGAGCAACAGAAGCAGUAGGGAGGGGGCAGGAACACAAAACUCGUCCAUUGGGAGAGACAGAACAAGAUCGGGAAGUGUAGCCAGAUCGGGAGGGGAAGAAUCGGGCGGUGCGAUGACGGGAGGAAGAAGCUCGGAGGGGUACCAACUGAUCCCGCCGGGUUUUACAGUCCGAAGGUUGGAACAAGAGGUCCAAGAAGAUGAAGAGCAAGAAAUACAAGGAAGGCAGAGAGGCAGAUACAGGAUCGGAAUGGGGGCGAAAGAUCUGGGGCUGGAAAUGGACAGGGCGGCGGAAGCAAUGGAAGGAGGGUUACGUUUGGAGGAGGAGAGAAUUCUCCUUGAGGAAGGGCAGAGGGAAGUGGAGGUGGAGACAGGCCUCUCACUUGGGCCGAGUCUCCAAGCCCAAUCUGAUCAGGCCACUCAGGGGUGGUUGGGCCUUGCUACUCCUGCCAACUAUCAGCAUGCGAGUGAAGGUCUGGAGGAGGAAGUGGGCCGCUGUCUGAAGAAAAGGAAGGGGACAGGCCUUGUUAGUGAUCUGAAUGCUGAAGGGCUCAACUCCUUGAGCCCAUUUGAGGUAAAUUUUGUGGGUGGGCCUGGUGGGAAUACUAAGAAGAAGAAAAACCAGAAGUAUAAAUCGCAGCAGGGGGGUAGAUCGAAGGGGAUCCAAUCGGAGGGGGAUCAAGAAGACCCAAGAAGGAAAGGGAAGGCAGCGGUGGUUCGCCAGAAGCCACCUCUUCAAAAAUGAGUAUCGUAAGUUGGAAUUGUAGGGGGUUUGGCCCACCCCUUACAAGAAGUUAUGCAAAGCGUCUUUGUAAACGCUUAGGCCCUUCUAUUGUUUUCCUCAUGGAAACGAGUAAGAACGAAGCAUUCAUGGAGGAGCAAAGAAGAAGUCUCAAAGUUUUCCCCAAUAGAGAGUAUGUUGAACCGGUCAACUCUUCGAGGGGUUUUGCAUUAUGGUGGAAGGCGGGUAUUAGCAUAACUGUGUUAAGUAGUGAUAGCUAUUAUAUGGAUGUUAGUAUUGAUAUGGGUAGGAAGUUUUUUUGUACUUUCGUUCAUGCACCCUCUACCGCAGUUAGUAGAAGGGGUUUUUGGGAGCACUUGAGCUCUCUUCGGAGUAGUAGGGAUGAUAAUUGGGUUGUGAUAGGGGAUUUCAAUGCUGCUAUCUAUGAAAAUGAAAAAGAGGGUAGAUG